AAGUGGGACUAUUUCCCUGGGCAGGAGCAGCAAGUGCGGCUGAUCUACCAGGGCCAGCUGCUGCGCGAUGACACCCAGAGCCUGGCCGCCCUCCCCCCCCCCCCCUCCCCCCCCCCCUGCCACAUCUCCCAGCACAGCCCGGCCCCCGCGCCUGCCGGCCCCCGCGCCUCCACCGACCCCGUGCACGCCGCCCUCAACGUGGGCAGCCUCAUGCUGCCGCUCUUCGUGCUGAUGCUGGCCGUGCUCUGGUACUUCCAGCUGCAGUACCGCCACGUCUUCACUGCCACUGCGACCACCUUCCUGGCUGGCCUCACCCUCCUCUUCAGCUUCAUGGCCUUCACCAUGUACCGCAGAUAGCACGGCCCCGUGCCCCAAAAGGAGCCGCUGCACCCGGAAUAAACUCGGUCCCGGGUG